CAGCAGCAAUGGGAGGCCGUACAGGGACCCAUUGACACACUCUGGACCUGGCAGCAGCAUGAGGAGGCGGUACAGGGGCCCAUGCAGAUUACGGGCCAGGCAGCAGCAAUGCAGGAGCCGUACGAAGGGACCCAUGACACACUCUGGACCUGGCAGCAAGCAUGAGGAGGCGGUACAGGGGCCCAUGACAGAUUACGGGCCUGGCAGCAGCAUGAGGAGUCGGUACGGGGGGGGGCCCAUGACACACUCUGGACCUGGCAGCAGCAUGAGGAGGUGGUAAAGGGGCGCCAUGAGACACUGUGGACCUGGCAGCAGCAUGA